AGUGUAUCGUAAGCCAGACUUGAAACGCAUUUGAAAUAAUCAACUGCAGUUGCACAAAAUUAAUAAUCAUGAUAAAAUUAUUAUUCUUAGUUAUUCCUUUAUUUACUGUCGCUUACGGGGGAUUAAAACCCAGAAUUGUUGGAGGAAGACUUGCCGAAUCAGGUGAACUCCCGUUCCAAGUUUCCCUUCAGAAUAUCAAAACGAAGCAUCAUUUUUGCGGUGGAGUUAUACUUAAUCAACGUUACGUACUGACCGCGGCUCACUGUGUAACUGGUAAAGACGUCAAGAAUAUUUCGGUCAAUGUAGGAACAACGGACUUGUUAAAACCAUAUGUUUACGGCACAUAUUUAAUCGCAUCGGCUUAUGUACAUGAACAAUAUAACCGCAGCAACUCUUGGAUCAACGAUAUCGCUUUACUUAAGCUCGAGAAGCUAUUUUUAUUAUCCCCUCUGGUAUGGCCCAUCGCUUUACCAAAACAAGAUCAAAUUGUCACGCCUGGAUCAUUAGCAACCGUGUCGGGAUUUGGCAGAUUAGAGUAUGAAGGAAGGAGGACUACACGGUUACAUGUCGUGAAUAUUACAAUAGCCAAUCAUGAGUAUUGCAAACAUAAAUACUGGGUGCGAAGUUCAAAAAAAAUUCACAACACGCAAAUCUGUGCAUAUGAUCCAGUUAUAGAAAAGGGUUCGUGCAAGGGAGAUUCCGGCGGCCCUCUUACUGUCAAUGGACAACUCAUAGGACUUGUCUCAUGGUCACAUAGAUGCGCUAAUAAAGAAUUUCCUUCCGUUUAUACACGUGUCCCAUCGUAUGUUACUUGGAUCAGAAAACAUGCCGUAUAAUUUAAAAUAGUUAAAUGAAAUACAGAAAUUAAUUUUAAUAUUUAAUGUAUAGAAAUCGAGAAUCGAUACGUAUAAUUAAAUGUUCAUAGAUAAUAUAGCUUAAAAAUAUAUAUUAUACAAGAUUUUUUUACGUACUUAAAUAACACACACACACACACAGAUAUGUACAUAUAUAUAUAUAUAUAUAUAUAUAUCAAAAAACUUUAAUCAACGAUUUAUAAAAUCUUCUGUCCAUGAUAUUAGAAAUUGAUUCGGGACGGAAGGAAAAUUGACCAAUUGAAUAUUUCAGUUAAUUGAGUCAAUAAGAUUGAUUCUUUUUCCGUACGUAGAAAUCUUGGAUCGAUUUCUAACAUCAUGGACAAGAUUUAAGAUUGAAUAAUUUUUCUUAGAUGUAGUCAAAUUUUGUUAUUCAUAUAUCUGCAAGACGUAUUAAAUUAAAAUUUCCAUAGAAAUUUCAUUUAAGGAUUAUAUAAUGCUAGCCAUAUAAAUGUGCAUUUUGCUAAAAUUAAGCUUUCCUGUGCCGUUAACUCGUUUUUCAAAUACAAAAUACUUUAUCUCUUCCUUUAAUAU